AUGGCACUCCAGUCGAGUGAUGCUGAAAUUCAAGAAUGGUAUAAGGGGUUUUUAAAGGAUUGCCCGAGCGGUCAUUUGUCAGUAGAAGAGUUUAAAAAAAUAUAUGGAAACUUUUUUCCAUAUGGCGACGCAAGUAAGUUCGCAGAACAUGUGUUUAGAACAUUCGACGCAAAUGGUGAUGGAACCAUCGAUUUUAGAGAGUUCUUAUGCGCAUUAAGUGUAACAUCUCGCGGGAAGCUUGAGCAAAAAUUGAAAUGGGCAUUUUCAAUGUACGACUUAGAUGGAAACGGAUACAUAUCGCGGCAGGAAAUGCUUGAAAUUGUUACGGCAAUAUACAAAAUGGUUGGAUCGGUCAUGAAAAUGCCAGAAGAUGAAAGCACACCGGAGAAAAGAACAGAUAAAUUUUUUCGUCAAAUGGAUAGAAACAAAGACGGAAAACUAAGCUUGGAUGAAUUUAUAGAAGGAGCAAAAAGUGAUCCUUCAAUAGUUCGGCUUCUGCAGUGUGAUCCACAGGCACAUUAGCUUAAAAAUUAAUAACACACAAGCAAUAAACAUUUUAACGUGAAUUAAUAAAA